GGGCCCCCAGCUAUCAUGUCUUUGUACUCCCUGCGUUUUAUCUCUCGACGUGCGACGUGUGUACCUCAAGUCGCGUGCUUCUUUUACCCAUCUACUUGGGCAAGAUACCUGCUGAGCAGCAUCUCCAUACCGAAGGAAGGAAUUCACACCACCAUGGAAAAGUUUGGCCAGACUGAGGCCGUCUAUCACCAUGACGAGACCAAGCACGAGCUCGAAACGACCGUCCUGGCUAGCAUCCCAUUCGCCCAGUGGGACGAUGCUACCAAGAAGAUAUUCAAAGGGGCUUCGGAUGGUGGCUGUCUUGUCGUCACCAGUUCCACCAUUUUCUAUGCCAAAGGCGGCGGUCAACCGAGCGAUACUGGCACCAUGACCUCUUUCGACCAGACGUCGACUUUCACCGUCACCUCUGUCCAGAAGCUCCCGUCUGGAACAAUCAUGCAUCUCGGGACAUACUCGGGCAACCCCUUCGAGGAACAAAUGCUCGUGACCCAGAAGAUCAACAAGGAUGCGCGAAAACUGCAUUCACAGAUUCAUGACGCCGGCCACAUUCUCGCCUCAGCUGUCCGAAGACUGGGGAUACCAGAUUUGCGAGAGGUCAAAGCACAACACUACCCCGACGUUGCAUUUGUCGAGUUCCAAGGCCUCAUCGGGGGCGACAAGAAGGAGGAUAUUGAGCAAAUUGCGAAUGAAAUAGUCGACGACGACCGGUUGAUAGCCGUCCGUUGGUGGUCACCAGAGGAACUCAAGGUAAAGUCUUGGACAGCGCCAGAGGGUACUGGCGGCAAAGAUGACGUGGUUAGAGCUGUAGAAAUCGAGGGCGUAGGUGCCUACAUGUGCGGGGGAACCCACGUGAGAAGUACAGGGUUGGUAGGGAAGUUCAAGGUAAGGAAGAUAAAGAGGCAGCAAGGAGUGACAAGGGUUUCUUAUGAGAUGGUAUAG